GUCGAGGUGGACGGUGUGAGCAUCCUGCUGAACCGCGGAGAGUUCUUCGGCCUCGUCGGCGUCAACAACUCCGGCAAGACCUCGCUCCUCGAGAUCUUGGUCGGCAUCCAGGUGCCCACCGGAGGCGGCGCGUACACGGCCGCGCUGUCGCUAGGCGGUGACCUGCGCGCCUGGCAGCAGGGCAUCGGCUACGCGCCUGACUGCAUCGCCGAUUGGUGCACGCCACAGCUCACCGUGGGCGAGUUCCUGGACCUGAUGGCCCACCUUCGGGGCAUCGCCUGGAGGCGUCAAGCGCUGCGCAGCGUCUUGGCGCUCACGGGGAGACUUCGGGAGGAACAGAUGAUCAACAAGUGCAGCCACGGUGAGCUCAAGAUGCUGCUGAUCGCGGCAGCAGCCAUCGGCGUACCUCCCGUGCUGCUCGUGGACGAGCCGUACUCGGACGUGGAGCCGCUUUAUCGAAACGAGAUCAUCCACAUGCUGCAGCUGCUCAAGGGCAGCCAAGCAACGUCCAUCAUCAUGACCUCGCACCGCAUGUCCCACUGCGAGGUCCUCUGUGACCGGGUGGGCGUUAUGGAGGCCGGCAAGAUCGAGGCGCUGGGCGACGCGAUGCAGCUGAACCAGAAGUACGGGCGUAGCUACAUGGUGACGCUGCGGCUGCCUCUGGACAAGCGCUUCGACUACUACUUCCAGAGAUGUCUGAUCGACCUGAUGCAGGACGAGUUCCACCAGUGCAGCUUCAACCACAACUACAAGGGUAUGAUGAGCUUCACCGUGGGAAAGACGUACACCAGCUGGAGCGAGCUGUUCACCAAGAUGGUGGCCAUCAAGAGCGACCAGGGACUGCCCGAGUUCUCGCUGUCCGACAUCACGCUCGAGGACAUCUUCGUGGGGCUCGCGAGGCGACAGAUCCUCAUCACGGGCGUCCGGCCGCACAACUUUCUCAGUGGCGUGCCCUCGCGAGUCGACACUGCGCGCCGUUAAUAAAGACA